GCACACCGGAACGGCCGCAUGAGAGUUAGCAGCAUCGAUAGAGCAAAAAAAAAAGACACCCGCAGAUGUCUCACCUGCAGCGGCUUGCUCGAGGCCCUAGGAACGAGCUACACAAAGCCGCGUUGGACGGCUCCUCGCAGCGCACCGAAAGCUUGCUGGCUGGAGGGAGGAUUGACAUCGAUCAAGGGGACCCGAGGGGCUGGACCCCCCUCAUGUUCGCCGCCGAGGAGGGCCAUUCGAAUGUUAUCAAGGUCCUACUGAACAGGGGGGCGAGUCUAUUGCCGGUGGAUGACGACGAUUAUACGGCUCUCCUCGUCUCCGCCCAACACGGACAGCUCGGGGUGACGAAUUUGCUGCUAGAAGCGGGGGCACAGCACGACGCGCUAAACUGUCAAGGCUUCACACCGCUUCAUGUGGCGGCGAUCGGAGGGCACUCGGGCGUCAUGGAAGCGCUGGUCGGGGCCGGCGCAAACGCCAACAGCCGGGCACCUAACGGGCAGACGGCGUUGCACAUUGCGGCGCUAGAAGGGCACGUAGACGCCGCCAGGGUUCUCCUUCGUGCGGGAGCGAACCCCCUUCUGCCCACAAGGAUGUCGUCGGGAAACACUUUCGUCCCGUUGGACGGGGCCGCGCUUAACGGGCAUCUGGCGGUGGCACGCGAGCUGGUACAGCGGUUUGGUAUCAGAGGUUGCGCUGGCGCGAGCGCGGGCGUAGAUGCCCUCGGCCAGGCCGCCGUGGACCAGCACCUGGACGUGAUGGCCUUGUUGUGCGACGCCGGAGUUGUGGAUACCGGAAACGCGCUUGUCGCCACCGUCUUCCUCGGGCGGGAGAGGGCCCUGAAGUUCCUGCUGGAACAGAAGGGCGAAGGGACUGCUCGAACGACUUACGCAAGUACUCCCCGCGACGGCAGGGGCCACACACCCUUGCUCUCGGCUGUUACCACUGGCCCUUGCUCUCCCAGAGUCGUGCGGUUGCUCGUCGACGCCGGAGCGGACGCGACACUGGCUGUUCGCGUCCCGGAUGGGUUUGGGCGGUCGACCAAGUACACGCCGCUAGACUGUGCAACACGCUGCCUCGCUGAAAAGGUGGUCGACGAGGACUUCGCCACCGCACAGCAGCUGCGCAACCUGCGGGCCAGCCGCCGCUUACUGUUGCAAGUGGAGGUGGUUCACGCGACGUCUUGGCUGUGGGGAGGCCAUGCCGGCUGUCCCGCUGCGCCGGGCAAAAAGCGAGCCCAGACGGAGUCGACGAAUGGAAAGCCGCUGAAGUCGAGGUUGCCGAUCAUGUGGCGACGGAGUGCGAGACGUGGUGCGGCCUUGCCGGGCGUGUUCAGGUUAGCAAAGAAGGCUUGAUAGGGGUAUCAUUGCAGGGGUCGACAGAGAGAGGGGGGGUGGAUCCCUGGCUUGUGUUGGCAGCCGAUGGAGCGGCGUAUGAAACACAGUGGAAAAGAGUGUAGGGCCACCGCGCUUGAGUGAGAGGUGGUGGUGCAUUUGGCUUUGACGAGUCGCCCGUGAUACACGUCAUUGCUUGCCCAGCACCCGAUUGGUGCGUUAACGACGUUUUUUGUUUGUUCUGGAAGCAGGACAGGAUGUUGGUGAAGGGUGGCUCGCGCUGAAUAAUCUGUCUUGUUGAGCCUGUUACCCACAGGGGAGAUACGCUGUGUGCUGCUCGGGAAACCGUGGAAAUACAGGUAGCUUUCUCUGACGCUAUGAAUUCAUUGCUAAUCUAUCUUAGACUCUUUUCUUAGAUAGAGAUGGAUUCGUUGGGUCAUAUCCAGAAAAAAAAAAAGAUAAGCUGGGAAUGUCUUGUCAUCCGUGAAGAGCUGUCGCUGUUCUUGAG